AUGAAAGAACCCGAGGGGUCGGAGAAAGAUCCGGUGAGCGGGAACGCGGAGACGGGGACCGUCGGGGUCGUUGAGGCCGGUGAAGCACGAGACCAUCCCCCCCCGCCCACCGCCGCCGUCGCCGCCAGCAAGAGCGGGGGCGAUCGCAGCCCGCAGGCCCCCGGGGAGCAGGCUCCCGGCCCCCCGCGGAUCCCCAGCCCGGACCCCGGCCGAGGCGACGAGGGAGAGAUCUGGUACAAUCCCAUCCCCGAGGACGAAGACCUCCCGAGGCCGCCGCGGAGAGCCGGGGUGGGACGAGCGCAGUGGUGCGUCCAGGACACGUGCGGCUCGCCGGGGGCCGGGGAGGGGCCAGCCGGGGGCAGACGGACUGAGCCCCCCGCGGGGGAGACGGCCGAAGCCCCCGGCCCGGCCGCGGAUGGCGGAGACUCGACAACGCGGACGCCGGGGGAGUUGGCGCUCGCGGCCGGCAACUCCCAGCACCCGCCCGCCUGCCACAGCGGGAAGCCAGCGGAGAGGACCGCCUGGAAAAGCAGCCUCGCAGAGGCGCCCGGGGAGGCUGCCAACGGCCCCGCGGCCACCCGCUGCUCCCCGGUGUCCAGCCCGAAGCCGGUGAAGAGGAUCCACGCGGCUGCCCGUUCCCUCAGCGAGAAGAUCAAGUCCCCGGGCACUGCCCGCAAGCUGUCCAUGAGGAUGAGGAAGCUGCCCGAGCUGCGGCGCAAGCUGAGCCUGAGGGGGACGUCGCGCUCGGCCGGCAGGCACGAGAAGGACGGCCCCCAGCCUCCUCCCCCCCCGCCGCCGGCCGGAUCCUCGCCCUCGCCCUCGCCCUCGCUCUCCCUCUCGCUGGGCCUCUCCCUGCCCCUCUCCAGCCGGAACGUCAUCAGCCGCUACCACCUGGACACGAGCGUGGGGCCCGGGGGCAGCCGAGAGCGGCACGGCAAGCACGCGGGGGGCAAGGGCGGGCACCUGAGCGACGGAGACUCGCCCGAGCUGGUGGUCAAGCAGGCGGGGAGCUCGGAGGCGGAGGGCGGGGGGCGGGGAGCCUCGACGGCCUUGGACCUGACCGCCUUCGCCCCCUACAGCUGCGGCGACCAGCGACGCUGCCUCCAGUACCUCUCGGGGCUCCUAAACGUGCGACUCUACGGCAUCCAGGGGGUCCGGCUGCCCCGGGCGGAGCUCAAGGAGGUCUUCUGCGUCAUCCAGGUGGAUUCGGUCAACCGCGCCCGCACGGCCAUGUUGCCCUGCCUCACCUCCUUCCUCAACCUGGACCACACCUUCAACAUCGAGCUGGAUCACGCCCAGCAGCUCAAGCUGGUGGUCUUCAGCUGGGACCCCUCCUCCUGCCGCAACCGCGUGUGCUGCCACGGGACCGCCAUCCUGCCCCCCCUCUUCAAAGGUGUGCGGACGCAGCAGUUGGGGUUGAAGCUGGAGCCGCGAGGAGUGCUGUAUCUGAAGGUGACGCUGGCUGAGAUGUGGGAGGUGCCCCUGGGGGGGGUGGACGACAACCCCGAGCCCAAGGUGUUCCGGGUGGAGCUGAGGGAGCUGAUACACAGAGAGAACUCGGGGCUGUGCGUGCCUCUGCUCAUCCACAAGUGCGUGGACGAGAUUGAGAGGCGAGGCCUCAAGACGGUGGGACUUUACCGGCUGUGCGGCUCGGCGGCGGUGAAGAAAGAACUCCGCGAUUCCUUCGAGCGCGAGAGUACGGCCGUCAACCUGUCGGAGGAAGUCUACCCCGACAUCAACGUGGUCACAGGGAUCCUGAAGGAUUACCUGCGGGAGCUCCCCUCCCCGCUGAUCGCCCCCCCCCUGUACCAGCUGGUGUUGGAGGCCAUGGGGAGGCGGCCCCUGAGAGCAGCUCUGAGCGGCCCCCAGGCCACCUCUGAGACCAGCGACGUGGUGGGUCUCCUCCGCUGUCUACCCCAGCCCGAGAAGGCCACGCUGACCCUGUUACUGGACCACUUGGCCUUGGUGGCCUGGCUGCAGGAAUGGAACAAGAUGACGUGUCAGAACCUCGCCGUGUGCUUCGGGCCGGUGUUGCUGAGCCCCCGGGCGGAGCGGUGGGGGGAGGGGGAGAGCGAGGGGGAGGGGGGCCGCGGCCGAGGCUACCCCCACUGCCAGGAGCUGGCCAACGCCAUGGACUUCAAGAGGCACAUCGAGGUCUUACACUACCUCCUUCAGCUCUGGCCUCGGGAUCAGAUCGCGGUGAAGAGGAGCCGGGCCUUGGAGUGCCCCAGGCCCCAGAGGCCGGGAAUUUUGGGGUUGCCGAGCGAUGUACCGCUGCCGUCGCAGGGGGCUGUGCCAUCACCGGGGGCUGUGCCGUCGCCGGGCGCCGUGCCAUCACCAGGGGCCGUGCCGCCGCUGGGGGCCGUGCCGUUACUGCCGCCGGGCGCCGUGCCGUUGCCAUUGCCGGGCGAGGAGGUGGUGUGCCGGAGCCGGUCCGGCCGAGUGCCAAACACUGCCCGGAACCGUCACGCCGGGGACUGGAGCGGCUGCGGGCGGAGCUUCCUGCGCCCGGGGCCGGAGCCCGGCGAGGAAGGCGGAGGCGGAGGCGGCGGUGGGGGCUACCGAGGGGGGAUGAGCCCCGCCCGGCUCCAACACCACCACCACCACCCCCACCACCGCAACCACCGGAGCGGGUCCUACGGGAAUUUCGGGGCGAGCGAGGCGGAGGCCGAGGCGGGGCUGGACCUGGAGCUGGGGCUGGAGUCGGGCCUGGGCGGGAGGCCGGGCGACUUCGACAGCCUGAUCGGCGACAUCGAGCGGGAACUGGCCAAGAAGAUCAUCUUCCUCUGA